AUGGACAUUCAUGUUCUUCAAAGCCAGCCCGCCCAGAAGGUCGCGUUUAAAGACUCUUCCACGGUUCGUGUGGGUUAUAAACUUGUUCGCAAUAAGCCACCCACCCAGCCCUCUGCUAUGCGACCCAAGCGUAAUUCAAACGCUGUGAAAAGUGAUGUACAGACUGCAAGUGACGCGGGAGUUGUUGUUCCACCCGCCCAACCCACGAGUUGUCAUUUGGUCCGCGGCGGGUUCCAGCCGCGCCUUCCGACUUCGCUGCCGCCCCCAGGGCAGCAGCAGCAGCCGUCGCCGCUACCACGCCGACAGCCCGUCCCGUUGAUGCCUCCCGCGCAGCUUCAUCCGGGAGCGCCCCCGGUGGUCGCUCCGGCGCCUGCGGUCCCUCUUCAGUCGCCACCGCCUUCGGAGCUGAUGGACGUCGACCCCUCAGCCGGGCCGCCUUCCCAAGCGGUGGCUGUGCAGCCUGUCCUGCAGCCGCUUUCCUUGGGCACCCCCAAGCAGUCUGACACCGCAGCGCCUUGUCCGGCGCCCACUCAGCAGCCGUCGACGCCGCGUCAGGAGACGCUGCCUCUCUUCGUGGGUCCCGACGCCCCGUCGCGUCCAGUACCAGAAGCUGCGCCCGUGGUCACAGGCCUUAAGCUGUCUACUGCAUGA